UUCAGAUGAUUACAAUGUUGAGCAUGUAAGAUGAACAGAAUGAUUUGCGUUCUCAGAAAUGCCAGCCGUCAGUCGCAAUGUCUUUUAUGCAAGCACACAAAACGCAGACUCUCAAAUUCGGUUUCGGUUCUAAGUAAAACGUACAAAACAGACGAAUGGACCAACAUAACACCAAGGAUCAUUGCGAAAACUGAAACGAAAUUACUAUCUAACAAAAACCAUCCGUUAAAUAUUGUUAAACAGAGAAUUACUAAGUUUUUUCACCAGAAGUUCGGAGGUUAUGCUGGCAGCAGUAGUCCUUUGUUCUCAACUUACGAAGAUUUUUCACCGGUCGUGUCAAUAGAGCAAAAUUUUGACGUGCUGCUGAUUGCUGAAGACCACGUGGCAAGAUCGAAAUCUGAUAAUUACUACAUCAAUAAGGACUGGGUUCUGCGAGCGCACACUUCGGCUCAUCAGUCAGAACUGAUCAGAGCAGGACUUCCUGCUUUCCUUGUGUUUGGCGAUGUCUACAGACGAGACGAGAUCGACUCCAGUCACUUUCCGGUCUUUCAUCAGUGCGAGGGAGUGAGAUUGUUCACCAAGUACCAGUUGUUUCCGAACUCGGAUCCAAUUUCAAUACAAGUUCAGAUUAACUCUAGUAGUGGAUCGAUGGAUGGCAUGCAUUCGAUUCAGCAGCCGCAACUAUUUACAUCGCAUGAGCGAACAAGCGAGUACCAAGAGACUCUGACAAUGGAGACCUCGAAGAUGCUGGAGUAUGACUUGAAGUCGUGUCUGGAAGACCUGAUGAACUACCUGUUCAGUCGUCGGCUGAACUCCAGGUGGAAUGAGGUCUACUUCCCCUUCACCCACCCCUCCUGGGAGUUGGAGAUAGAACACGAGGGCAAGUGGGUGGAAGUGUUAGGCUGUGGAGUGAUCGAGCAGAAAAUUGUCGCCGAUGCUGGAUGUCCAGAUCGAGUAGGUUGGGCUUUUGGAAUUGGACUGGAACGCAUAGCAAUGCUACUGUACAACAUUCCAGACAUCAGGCUAUUCUGGAGCAAGGAUGAAAGGUUCAUCAAUCAGUUUCAAGUAGCCGAUAAAGGAAUUGAUGAACCUUUCAAGUUCAAGCCAUUUUCGAACUACAUGCCAAUGUAUAACGAUAUCUCGUUUUGGCUCCACAGUUCUGCAAAAUUCCACGAAAAUGAUUUUUACGAUCUCGUCAGAAGCAUAGGCGGCGACCUUGUGGAAAAUGUGAGCUGUUUUGACACGUAUAUUUGCAACAAAACUGGAAGAACAAGCAAGGCAUUCAGGUUGACUUUUCGGCAUUUUGAGAAACAGUUGAUGCAAGAUGACGUAAAUCAAAUUAAGAAGCAAAUUGAAGAGGCUGCUAAAACUGAAUUGAAGGUGACUGUAAGAUAAAAAAUAAAAACAGAUUGAUUGUAAGAUGUUUGAGCUGAAGAUAAAAU